AUGGCAGGAGAAGUGCUAGCUGUUCUCAUUAUUGUGAAAGAGACUGCUGAUACUGUCACUAGCGUUGCGACCGCUAUAAAGUCAGUGAAAGAUUUAUACGAUAGCUUCCAGGGGCGAGACGACAAAAGCAAUGACCUCGAUAUAUUCGUCACGAAAGUUAAAGAAAUUGUGCAAACAGAAAUUCAGGAUGCAGAGCUGCAAAAUUAUUUGGGUGCUGUUUCCUCCGCAUGCACAACCUGGUACAGGGCCUCUGGAAAGAUAAAAGCUAUAUCCACAAUGCCUACCAACACAGAGACAGAGAUACGAGCAAGAAAUGACGAGUUUCGAGCUAUCUCGGAGGAUCUUAGAGACGGACUUCGCGAACUGGGAGAAGCCAUUCAUUACUUCAAGAGCAGCCGGCCGAAACCACAGACACUAUACAUGCUAGGUCUCUAUCCUACCGCUUUCACCAUGCGUAACGCAAUGAGCUUCACAGACAACGCAAUAUUCUCUAUCACGUCAGGUGUUAUUGAUAAAGACUACCUCCGGAGGAGCGUUAGCGAGGUAGAAGAAACAAAAGACUUUAAUCGCAGCGCAUGCGAGAAUUAUCGAGCUCAUCGUGCGAGCCAGCUCAAAAUGGCAAGAAUCUGGGAGAUAGAAUUUAUACCGCCUCGUGCCGUUGGCUGGGAAGUUUCGUCAGAUUCGGGUGGAGAUUCUCUAAUUCCGAAUCUCACGGAUAAGGGGUUCCCACUUAAUGGAAAGUUCAGAGAACCUGCAGGAGUCAUUAAGUUCUACUGGGAAAAGUCCGAAUUUGGCCGUGAGUCAGUGCCUUACUCGGUCCCAUCCUUACUCGCACAGUUUGACUCCAUCAUUAAGGCAGGGGAAUUGAAGCUUCAGCUGCAUCAACAACGGAAUUAG